UCGGGCUGAUAGACUUGAUGCAGCCGCUCACAGGUGGAGGGAGACUGAGCGUCUCUGCGGCUCAGACGUGAGGUUGAACCGCGGGAUUAUUGGACGCACUGUGUCUGUCGAUCACCGGCGCCCGAUUCCUGACUGUUUUCUCUCAAGUUUCCGCGCCCUGCUUCAAACACCGGGAACAGUUUUAUUUGUGGGAAUGAAACUCCGCGCGUUGAUGACUGAGGACCGAUGAUCAGGAGGACAUUCCCCACUGAUGGCAGUGAUGGAGAACGAGACGUGGCCGCACCCCUCAUACGUCCCCCAUUAUCUGCUCCGUGGUGACCCUUUCUCCUCAAGACUCUCCAGAGAGGCGGAUAUAGUUGCAGCUUUUUACAUCUGUAUCAUAGGAAUAAUGUCUGCAACAGGAAAUGGCUACGUCAUUUACAUGACUAUCAAACGCAAGACCAAGUUGAAGCCUCCUGAGCUCAUGACUGUUAAUCUAGCCAUUUUUGACUUUGGCAUUUCAGUGACAGGAAAGCCCUUUUUCAUUAUAUCUAGUUUCUACCACCGUUGGUUGUUCGGCUGGGAGGGCUGUCGUUUCUACGGCUGGGCAGGCUUCUUCUUUGGUUGUGGGAGUCUCAUCACGAUGACCAUGGUCAGCCUGGACCGGUACCUCAAAAUCUGCCAUCUCAGAUAUGGCACAUGGCUAAAACGCCACCACGCCUUCCUGUGCUUGGCCUUUGUGUGGGCGUAUGCAGCCUUCUGGGCCACCAUGCCCCUUGUCGGCUGGGGAAACUAUGCCCCAGAGCCCUUCGGGACUUCCUGCACACUGGACUGGUGGCUGGCACAGGCCUCUGUGUCUGGCCAGAGUUUUGUCAUGGCCAUCCUGUUCUUCUGUCUCAUCUUCCCCACUGGCAUUAUCGUCUUCUCCUACGUCAUGAUCAUCUUCAAAGUCAAGUCUUCUGCGAAGGAGAUCUCGCAUUUUGAUGCCCGUAUCAAAAACAGCCACAACCUUGAGAUGAAACUCACAAAGGUGGCAAUGCUGAUCUGUGCAGGCUUCUUGAUAGCCUGGAUCCCUUAUGCAGUGGUGUCAGUGGUGUCUGCAUUUGGUGAGCCAGACUCAGUGCCAAUCCCUGUGUCUGUCGUUCCCACCUUGCUGGCCAAGUCUUCAGCCAUGUACAAUCCCAUCAUCUACCAGGUUGUGGACCUGAAAAACUCCUGCAUGACAUCCUCCUGUUUUCAGGCCCUGAAGAAACGCAGGCAUUUUAGAAAGUCAAGGUUCUACACCGUCUCUGGCUCAUUAAAGGACACACCACCAGCCAAAGAAGCUCACAUCGAGAUGUGAGACAGACACUUUAGACUGUGUUACCCUCCCCCAUCACCCCCUAUUUACCUCUACUACUUUGGACACUUUGCCUUGUUCCCUGACCUAUGUGCCCUACACUUAGCCACUCACACGCUGCCUGUCAUCUGCUAUGACAUCAUCAGCUGCUCACCCUCAGUCUCGCCACUUGUUUUUACACCCAGGCUGGAUUUUCGUGCGCUUUCCCCAGCUCCCCAGCUUCUCUUCCUUGGAAACACAUCUCUCCCACAAGGUUUUCCUUAAUCGGUGGAGUUAUGUUGUCUUUACAGUGGUUACUACAUACAAGUGACAUGUUGUGUGAACUUCUUUACCUUGCUUUCCAGUAUUACAGACACUGUCUGUUAUGCUUUGAAAAAAAAAAACAACACACGCACAAACACAAAAAAAACAUGUGUUACUGGUUGAGUAACACAAUAGCUGAGUGUUCGUCCUAUAAUACGGCUCAACUCAGGUUUGUAAAAUUGAGAAGUUUUCAACCAGAGUUAUGUCACAUCAGGAGCUUUAUGUUUCUGUGAAUCAAAAUCUUGCAAAAGAGAGAAUAUGUUAUAAAAAAUGUAAUUUUUACAUUCAUUUUCAACCUUGAUUCUAAAGUUGAACUAUAAAUUAAAAUGAAAAAAAAAAGAUCAACCUGAUGUGAGCCAUGUCAAAUCAGGCUUGGGUGUAACUGUCAAGAUCAAAAUUGUAUUUUUACAUGUUUGUACAGGCUGUUGUCUUUUGUUGUCCUGUGGCAUGUAUACAGCCGAUAUACACCCAUCAAGUACAUUACUAGGAACACCUGUGCACCUGCUUAUUCAUGCAAUUAUCAUCCAGUCAUGUGGCAGUCGUGCAAUGCAUAAAAUUCUUACAGAUACAGGUCAGGAGCUUCAGUUAAUGAUCUCUUAAAACAUCAGAGUAAUGGUAAAAACGUGAGGUUAGUGAAUUUAACCAUGGUAUGAUUGUUGGCGCCAGACACUUCAUGAACAUGAGGAGUUCAGAGUACCUCAGUGGAACACUUUUGGGAUGUGUUAGAACAGGAAAUUGUGGAGUAUUAGUAGUAUUAGUAUUAGAGUUCCUACUGAAGCAGUUGGUGAAUGUCAGUCAAAAGGCAUCAUCUCAACUCAUCAGCUUUUGUUCUCAUCAGGUGUUAAAAAGCACACAAGGAGGAGUGAAGCUUGAGUCGAUGAAACUGAAACUUUGAUAAUGGACUCACAGGGUAUUGUCAUUUUGCAGUAUCAUCCGAAGACUUUUUAUUUCUGAGAUGAGUGUUCACAAGGGAGCAAAGCAGCUCAAGGCUUAACAUGUCACAAGAAAACACCUACACAGGAUGACUGCACUUUACUUGCAAAACCAUUCAAUAUGCACUGGUAACAGUUUGGUGUUACACAUAUACAGUAUAUGUAGUGGAUUGUCACACAUAAGUGGAUGGACACACAAUUUUCAUUCAAACAAACAACUUCAGAAAUGUAUGUCAUUCUAUCAGUAACCACAAUUGGGGCCAUGGAUACAGAAACAGUUAUGGUUAACUCAGGGACCAUUUGUAAUCUAUGUAUUUGAAAUUUGUUGUUUGUUUGGACAAAGAUAACAGCAUAUUUUCCAUGAUGCAUAAAAAAAUCAUUUUUUUUGAAAAUACGCUGAUGAGGUAAGACUGAGAUCACUCUCAUGUCUGUGUGUUUACUAUGAAGGUAGAGAUGGAGGCAAUUUGCUUAGCUUAACAGAAAGACUGGAAGCAGAUGGAAACAGCUGAAUUAACAAAUACAUCCAGCAACAUCUUUAAAGAUCAUAAAUUAACAUGCUCUGUCUUAUUUGUUUAAUACCAAAACAGAGAAGUAAAACUAAAAAGCUGUUUUGCUUCUUUUUAACUAUUAGUAACUCUUAGUGACCUGUGGCAGGGUACAUCAGCUUACUUGUGUAUGGGUUAACCAAAAAGUGUAUUUAUUAGUGAGCUUUAGAGGUGAUGGUAGACUGAACAUUGAACUUUGGACAGAGCCAGGCAGUUUUCCCUGGUACCAGUCUCAAUGCUAAGCUAAUCACCUCCCACCUCCUGCAUACCCAGGACUUAUGGGAGUGAAGACUCCAGAUGGACUGUUAUGGCCUGCAUGGCAAGUUUCAUGUGACUGAUAGGUGACAACAAUGCUAGAACUAAGGUUAGCAAGCUAAACUGCUAAAAUGUCCACAGCUGGCUGGCCGGGCACUACUGCAAGCGCAUGUGUUACCAAAAAAAAAAAAAAAAAAAGUGUUACAAUGGACACAUUUCACUAGGAAUUGAUUAUUGAAAAGGACAUCUGCACAGUGCUGAUGGGGACCUUUUGCUGGGCUAGAAGUUCAUAAUGGAUAUAAUAUAUAUUUUCGCAGUUCUCUGAGGCAAAAGCUGUACAAAUAAUACAGAAACACAUCAGCUAUAUUGUGUUUUGCCUUUGCUGUAUUUUUUCUUUGUUGUUUUUUUUUUUUUUUUACAAGGACUCUUGUGUUAAGUGUCCUCUCUAGUUCCUCUAUAGUACAAGUUAACAAGCUAGCUAAUGUAGCUACCGUCAUGUGACCUGCAGACCCCUUCUGUCAUGUGACCCUUGCAUUGCAGAUCUCAACAGUCACUUGAAAGUCUCCAAAAGAUUUUCUCAUUGCACUACUUAGAUGUAUCCCAUUACAUUAAGAAUAUUCCUUUACAGUGAAAGAAUACUAGGUUUCAUGUUUUCCAUGUCACUCACCUGGAGGCUCAUUCCUAAAAAAUGUUCAUUACUUAAUGUUUAAUGUUUAAUGUAUACACAUUUCUGGAAUGAAGAUAAGCAAUAUUCAAAAGAUGGGUUUCAUUUAUUGAAGAUUGUGCAUGUCUGUCUCUGCACCCUCAUGCCAUGAAUCAUGAACAGGGGCUAAUUUGAAAGUAUUCAAUGUCAUUCAGAAGGUUAAAUACAGGGAAUGUUUCUCUGCUGGCAGAGAGAGAGAGGCUCAUAUGUGCUCAGGGAGUUCAACAGCACCGUCACCUGGAAUGAGGUGGGAGGAGAGGGAACAGUCAUAACUGAGGUCAACAAGAAAGAGCCAGCUUGCAGCAUCAGGGUAAAUCAAACACAGUGACACAGUACUUCUUGACUUAAGCGUGCCUAAUGAAAGUACUCAAACAAACUGGCUCAGGUUCAUCUGUAUUCAUUUUGUUUGAGUUAUUCCAGCACCUGCAGUUCAUGUGUCAAGUGAAGACCCAAGAGCCACAAACAAUUCCACAUCAAGUCCUGUUAUACAAGUUUCUGCAGUCACACCUGGAAGGAGCAGAAUUGGUUGUAUAACCAUUCAAGAUGAAGCCCUUUGAAGAAUGAAUAAUGAAGAGCCCUGCAAGUUCAUGAACAGUCAAGUAACAUCAGCUGCUCUAACCCUCUGACUUUCAACCUUCACCAGACAAGAAAGUCAGCACUUGGACUAUUCUGCAAAACUUCAGAUUGUGUGCUUUGACUUUUUUGCAUCCAAUGCCAACGUUUUUUUUUUUAAAAAGUUGCUUUCUAGAAUAUGUACACAUGGAAUCUACAGUAUGGUUAACAUUAGAGAAAGAUAAUGGUCAUAGCAAAUAAAUUACAGUAAAGUUGUGAUUAGGCUUAAGUACCAGCUUACUCCAUCAGAGUAUCCAACGUCAAUACUGGGGGACCGUAUUUAACAUCUAUGAUUAUACAAUCUGACAUUCACACCCACUUCAUGCCAUGAUUGGUCAGGUGUGCAGAAGUGUGAAAUUGAGCCAGGAUUUGGACUUCUCAAACAACUAUGAACUAUGAAAACUUUUAAAAUUCUAACAACCUGACCCAUAGGCAACUAGAACACUAGAUUAAGGUUUUGGAACAAUAAUGGUUACACUUUAUUAACAUGUGAAAGUUAAUUGCAUGUCUGUGACAUAAGGCAAUUUCUGUGAAGUCAGACUGCAUGUCUGCUGUAUAAAAGGCUUACUGUUUCCUCCAGCAGU